GCCAAACAAACUCUCUGCUGCGCCCAAGAAGAAAUAAACCAAAACAAAUAACAAUCUCUUCCAAUCUUGGGUUUUAACGGUGAAUAUUCUUGACAAUUUCGAAUAAAUACGUAGUUUGCGCUACAAGCAAUCGAAAGCUAUUAAUUUCGAUUGAAAUUGGUACUUUAGUGGCCCAAUCUUUCAAACUGAAAAGUACAGUUUAGGGAAUUGUGGAAGAUCAAACAUUACAAUAUGGCUUCAGUUAGUAACCAAACUUCACAGCUCGUUACUGUUGGCAAUCGAGGAAAAUUCAACGUGAAAUCUCGAAGAAACAUAAAUGAUGCAUCGACAAAUUCUUUAAUUCAACAAUCAGCUAAAAGAAGAAAAUGUUUGGAUGGCAAUAAAACACACGAUACCCUUGACCGAACUCCUGAUGUGAAUCAUGGCUGCUCUCGUCCAAACAUUUUACUGCCACCUCAGGCCAAACGAAGACUAAAUUGGGAGUCAAAAGACGUAAUAACUAACUCAACAUUCAAGCCACCAAAUUCAAAGCGAAAGUCGCGAGUAAAGACAAAAGAUUGCUCUUUAAAAGUAAAAUCACCAAUUGAGAAAACUCGAUAUGACACAUCUCUUGGACUUCUUACUAAGAAAUUUGUUGGCCUCAUUCGUGGUUCGUCCUCUGGGAUCUUAGAUCUUAAUGAGGCUGCUGAGCUGCUGGCAGUUCAGAAGCGUCGUAUUUAUGACAUAACAAAUGUUUUGGAGGGAAUUGGACUUAUUCAAAAAAAAUCAAAAAACAACAUCCAGUGGAGGGGGUGCCGGAGUGCACUUUUGCAUAUGAGUGAUGGUGAGAACAAUGAUCACGAGAUCUCGCCAUUGAUUGUGGACCUUCACACAGAUGUUGCUGAUCUUGAGGCAAAAGAGAACAGAUUGGAUGAUCUUAUUUCAGCUUGUCAACAAGACUUCCAGAAACUUACUCAGCCUUGCAAUAAAUUUGCAUACGUCACAUACAAAGAUUUUCGCAGUAUAAAUCAGUUCAAUAAUCAGACAUUAAUUGCAAUCAGUGCACCCCAAAAAACAUGGCUUGAAGUGCCAGAUCCAGAAACAGAGACCAUUCAGUUAUCUUUGAGAAGUACUAAUGGUCCGAUAAAUGCCUUUCUCUGUCCUGAUGAUCAACCAUCUCCUGAUGAUCAAUCAUCUCCUGUGAAGUCAGAAUCAGGAAGCUCAACAAGUGAUUGCCUUGGAACAAGUGAAGAUGAAAGUGUUUCAAACAAUGAAACUGUAGACCCUGUCAUGUUACCAGUUUACCAAAUGCCAGGUGUCAGCUUUCAACAAGAAUUAGGAAGUGAUUUUGAAAACAUUUUAGAAACAGAUGAAGAGACGUUGAUAUCAUUUUCACCAUUUCAUGAGCAGGAUAGUGACUAUUUUUACAGUCUUACUGAAGAAGAAGGAGUGAUGGAUUUGUAUGAUAUGUAUGAUUUAAAGCCAUCUUUUCCUCUGGAUUUUUAAUCUACAUGAGCUGAAAAUUGAUUGUGUAAAGUAACUUAUAUGUAAACCAGUCUGUGUCCAUUGACCAAUUCUCUGUUUUUACGCCUAAAUGUGUGUUGGUUGAAUGUAAAGUUUGGCAAAAUAAAACACUGACUAGAGUAUGAAGUUUGGAACAUAUAUGUUUGAAAUACAGACGAAACCUUAAUUAAUUCUAAUACCUGCAUUGUGUAAUAUAAUCUAUAGCAUAAAAUGUAAAAAUAAACUUAAGAAUUUAGUUUGGGAGCUGGUUUGACGAUCUUAUGAUGGUCUUGCUGUUAAUGAACUGUACUUUGGAACGAGAGAUGUG